AUGACAACUGCAACUCCGCGUCGUCACCGUGGAGGAGGGGGGAGCCGGCGUAUCAAGCAGGACCCAGAUACCUCCUUAACAGAGCCUUUCGCCCUGGACGACAUCAACGAUGUUGAUGUGAGAUCUUAUGUUACGAACUACGGUCCCACCAACCACAUAGCUCGCCAAGGCAGGUCUGAUGCACCUGCGCCUAGUGAGCGCAGCCUCGACACAGGACCAAUGUUGCGAGAGAUCAGGACUCGUCCUAAUGCCACGAAUGGCGUGUCUGUGGAAAGUCCAAUCAGCAAUCAUGACGACAGUUUCUUUCACACCUCUUUCCAAGAUAUCGGAAAGAAGCUAAAGGCUUGCAACGACACCUUGGGCGAACUGCAGCAGCUGGGGGUGUCUCAUGAUGUCCAGUUGCCAGAGCUAGUCCUUGUUGGUGACCAGUCAGCCGGAAAAUCGAGUCUCAUGUCCGGUCUUGCGAAUUUGGAUCUGCCCAGGAGUGAGGGCACCUGCACGCGAUGCCCACUUCACAUUCGAGUUUCACGCAAUAGCGACUGGUCUUGUCGUGUCUGGCUUCGAAAAGAGUACUCAUUUCAGCCACCCACUGAUCGACCUAUUGUUGAGUCGGAUGUGACAGACGAAGAUCCAUUCUUUCCAUGGCGCAAGCAACCUGUUUCGGCGGUGCAUGAGUUCAAGACCAUGCAGGAUAAGAGUCAAAUUGAAGAGGUUUUGAGAUGGGCCCAGAUUGCCAUUCUGAACGACGAUAAGCACCAUGGUCUGUUUAUUCCAGGCUCUGGAGCCAUCGCAGUUAACAGGCGUAUUGAGGACGCUGCCGCAGAGACUGUCGCCAAGUUCUCGCCCAACGUUGUGGCUUUAGAGAUCAAAGGGCCCGAUCUGCCAGAUCUGUCCUUUUAUGACAUGCCAGGUAUUUUCCAGAAUCCUGCGGAUGCAAAGGAUGAUUACUUGGUAAAUGUCGUGCGCAACUUGUCUAAAGCCUACAUUCAACAUCCUUCUGCCAUUAUUAUUUGCUCCAUGCCUAUGAAUAGUGACGCCGAGAACUCGUCUACUUUUGGCCUAACUCGAAAGCUGGGCGCAACCUCGCGAACUAUCGGCGUUCUAACGAAAGCCGACUUACUGCCAGAAGCUGGAAACCACGACCAGUGGUUGGCUAUCAUGAAGGGCUGUACCCAUCAGACAGGUCUAGGAUACUUUAUUACUUCACGCCCACAGGGCAAAGAUCUCGAUGAGCUGAAGAAGUGGGAAGAAUUGGUGUUCGAGUCUCACUCUCUUGGGAACUGGCCAUCGGAGUUUCAUGGAUUUUCCGAACGAUGUGGCGUUGAGAAACUCAAGUCGUUCCUCUCUGAACGUUUGGGCGAAGAAUUUGCCAAGAGCCUGCCCAAUAUUAAGCAGAAAGUCAAGCACCACUUGGACAAGAUCACAAAGCAGCUCGCAAACCUUCCAGAACUUCCGGACAACGUGGAGCUGGAGAUAAAGACGGGGCUAAUGGCCUUUGCUGACUCGGCACGGCUCAAGUUGGAAGGGUUUAUGAGCCACUUCAGCGUUCUGCCGCGCAAUUUUCGCAACUGCCUGCUGGAGACAAAGCCCAAGUUCACUCUCAAAGACAAGUCUGAUUUUCCCGUCCUCGAGAUAUCAGACGAUGAAUCAGAUGCAGCAUCCGUUGCAACAACUACUCCAACUGCCAAAAGGCGCACGGCGCCAACAAAUAUUACCCCUUCUAAGCGGCCUCGUCUGGAGACUCCCUUGCAUGGGACCCCUUCCAACGGCCACGUAAAACCCGAGGAACAGCAUGGACUUACUCUACGUGGGACUAGUAUCAUGGCUCCUCGCGCGACUAUCCCCAAAAAAACAGUCUUGCCGGAACCAUUUGCGGGGUUUACCAAUGUUGGCCGUGGUUUCCGUACUCUGCGUCAAGUUCGCGAGGAGAUUGAAGCAAAGACCAAGGCUGGCAUGCCUGAUCGCACAUCUGAUCAAGUUUAUGAAGAUCUGGUAGUUGAAGCAGUCCGACCGUGGAAUGGACCCAUGGAUGCCUUUAUCAAGCAGACAAUGCGAGAACUUCAGUCGGAAUUAGAAUCUACCCUCAACAAAGCGUUGGAAGGGCUUAAAAAAAGGUUUAUUUAUCUGGAGGCCAAAAGGCACCUGCGGAGGUUCCUCGAGGAGCACCGCAAAGAAACAGAGCAUGAUCUUGCCCUCCUCUACCAUGACGAAAAAGAACGCCUACUCACCUUCAACGACAAGACGUUCGAGCAAUACAGGGAUGAUGAGUACAUGGAGCUUACCCGUUUUCGCCACUUUAUGCGUCUCAAGGCCGUUGGUCCAGACCCUGGGAACUACAUUUCAAGCGACAAGCUCACUGAAGACAAACGAGUACAGGAAGCGAAGAGGCGAGAUCAGGAGAUGCUCAGGCUUGGUCGGGAUCCAUUUGCGCGAGAGUUGGAGGUCAUUGCAUACGUUAGGGGGUAUUAUCGCCUCGCGGCCUUGCGCUUCGCCGAUGCCGUGUCCCAGCGCAUCAUUUGCCGUAUGAUUCCAGCUAUUCGACGUCAACUGCCGCACUAUUUGGAGGAUAAGCUGGGUAUUCGGGGUCCUGACGCCGCAAGUGUCUAUGAGAGACUGAUGGAGGAGGACGAGACAACCGCUGGCAGGCGGGAGACGUUGAAGUCUGAGAAGGAUAAGUUUGUGAGGGCAUUGGCCAGUAUUGAGCUUCUCGAAAAUGGUGCAGCAGCUGCCGCAAACAUGUCAAUGUCUAGCAUGGCUGGCGUUAGCAUGACAGAGACGGAGACAGCAACGCAGAGGGUCGAGCCCAUGGAGUUGGAUAGUCGCACUGAAGAAGAUGAGGUGUAG